AUGUUUGCACGAGCGCUGAAUGGGCUAGCAUGUGUUGAGUUCAAAAAUGUGAACAAUAGGCGGGCAGUUGAGCUUGGGAAUCGCAUGUUCACGCCCAGGAACCAAGCACCAGAAAUGGAGUGGGUAGACAUCGAUAGGCAAGUCGACAUGCAUGGAGCCAUGCACCGUGUGCGCAACAGUGAUUUGGGGUUGGUACAUGGGGAGGAGAAUGUCGUUCUGUAUGGUGAGGAAUUCACUAGUGAAGAGGGGAAAAAGAGGACAGAGACAAUCAACCCUCAGAAGUUCCAUGUAGGAGACAUAAUUGAUGUAGGUUUUUCGAUGAUAGGUAUCGAAGGGAACAGCAAGACAAUUUCAAAGGCAAAGUUGCUGCUCCGGUCGGUAACACUAUUAGAUGGAAGGUUCACGCAGGAGUGGAUCAAAGCGAAGGCGAUGGCACAAGUGAACGUGGGAACAACGCGGAAGCAGUUGAAGAAGAGAGUGUUUGACGAUGAUGAGGUUGAAGGAACAAGGAAGAAAUUUCAGAUGAUGAGUACCAGUGCAGAUGAAUAG